AUGAAAGAAAGAAUCAUAUUGAUUCCAUUAUAUGUUGAUGAUAUUGUGUUAGCAACAAAUAGUUGUGACAUGUUGGAAAGAGAAAAGGAGACAUUGAAAGAUCAGUUUGAAAUGGAAGGUCAAGGAGAAAUUCAUUACUGUUUAGGCAUGUUCAUCAAAAGAAACAUAGAUUUAAAGACUCUCACCAUUAAUCAAAGAGCAUAUCUUGAGAAUUUGCUGACAAGAUUCAACAUGUUCGACUGCAAACCAGUUUCAACGCCAAUAGAAGUUGAGAAGAAGUUUGAAAAAAUGAAGGAAAGAGAAAAAUCAGCGAAUGCGAGGGAUUAUCAAGCUGCAAUUGGAUCGAUCAUAAACCAAGAAUUGAAAACUAUUUCACCAAAAGCACCAAGAGCAAGAGAAUAA